AUGUCGGCUGAUGAUAUCGACGAUGAGCUCUUCGCCCUCGCGGGUGGUGACGAAGACGCAGACGUAGAAGAAGGCGAGGCUUCGUCGCCUGCAGCCUCAUCGCCAAACUCUCUGGGAUCAGAUGCCAUGGACGAAUCCGACUCGGAUCGCGAUGAUGACGAGCCCGCGCACGCGGCCGAUGUGCCCUACCCCCUCGAGGGCAAAUAUAUUGACGAGGCAGACAAGCGGCAGAUCAUGGGCAUGUCGCAGUUGGAGCGAGAGGAGAUUCUGGGCCAACGCGCUGAGGAGAUGAGCAAUGCCAAUUUCAAGGCAGAACUCGCAAGACGUGCUGCCAACGUUCAAAACGACCGAAAGCGCAAGGCCGACUCAGAAGACCCUGACGAUUCCAUGCGCAAAAGUAGCCGACCAAAAGUGCAACCCCGUAAGAACGAGAAACUCGAGGCAUACAAGCGCGAACGAGAGCAGCGAGGCCAACAGAGGCAGCGACACGAUGACCGACGUGGUGACCGUAGGCGAUCCAGCUCUGGUGAUCGCGACGCUGGCUCAGAUCUUGACGCUGAUGGCGAGAGCGAUGUUGAGUGGGACGACAGAGUACCAGACAAGGUUCGCGAGGACGUGCCUGCAACUCUACGUGACUUUGAAUCGGUGCGCGUCGGUAGAGGCUUCUUCUCAGAAGUAUGCUUCCACCCAGGUUUCGAAGAGGCCUUGACAGGUGCUUUUGGGCGUGUGGGUGUUGGCCAGGAUGCCCAGCGUCGCACUCUCUAUAAGAUGGCGCAAAUUAAGGGUUUCUCGGUGGGCAAGCCCUACGUUUUUGAAGGCAAAGAUGGUAAACGCAUCGCGACCGAUCAAUACGUCAUUGCGCAACACGGGUCAGUGAAGAAGGACUACCAGUUCCAAUUCAUGUCAAACCAGCGCUUUACCGAAAGCGAUCUUGAUAUCUACCGUCAAUCCCUUGCCGAGACAAACUCCAAGGUGCCAUCACAGUCUUUCCUCAAGCGGAAAUACGACGACCUCAAGGCACUCCAGAACCACUACUGGACCGACGCCGACAUCAGCGCCCGUAUUGCCAAGUCCAAGAAAUACGCUCAUCUUCUCCAACGCUCAUCCUCUGACGCGCAGCCCAAGAUCGCUACGCAGUCUGAGGCAGCUGCUGCGCGUGUUGCAGAGCUCAACCGCAAGAACCGUAUAUUAGAAGCUGAGCGUGUACGCAAGGCCCAGCUCGAGCAACAGCGGCAAAAGAAGAUUGAGCAAAAGAAGGAGGUUGCCCGUCGGAAAGCAGAAGAGGAGGCGAAGAAGGCACAAGAGGAAGAAGCCCAAAAGAAGAAGGCCCUAGAUGUCGACGCCCUCUUCGACGGUGAGGGUAGUUCCAGGGCGAGUACGCCCAACCCUCAACAAUCUAAGAAGACCGAGCGGAAAGGCUUGCCGACAUUUAGGAAGCCCAAGAUGGAUGAUGACAUUAUUGCGAGCAUGGACAUUGGCGUUGACAUCGAGAUUUGAGCCGUUUUCUGUUUUUCCAGCUGAGUUACGACCAGAGCAAGUUCUGGAUUGGUAUUCGUCCUUUUGCCUAUUGUUUCUGGCUAAUCGGGUCUGUUUUACGACUGCGCAUCCCUUUUUGAUUUUUUUAGUUUUUUUUUGUUUCCGCUCGACUUCAAUUUUCUGUGUACCAUUUUAAUUAGGUGCAAAAGUCGAUUAGUUACUGUGGCAUGGAGGGAGGGAGAGAGCAUAGCGAUGGUGUUCAUAUAUAACAAGGAGUGCAAGAAGUGACCUAUUAUCCUU